AUGAGCGAAGAUGAUUAUGUGCCUUCCAGUCCAGAUUCCAGCGAUAGUGAUGCACCUCUUAUUCAGUAUAUCCGAAGAUCAGGAGUUGAAGAAGCUAACAAACAGACAAGGUCAAAUGAAAAGCAUAAGACGAGAAAAUCUAUUAAAGGAAAAACAAGAUUUGCCAAACUAGAGAGGAGAUCUAGAAGAAACUUUGGUGUGGCAUAUAUUACCGAGUCAGGAAAAGCGAAACAAGCAAGAGUAUGCCAACCAUUACUUGAUUGCCGAAUGAAAUGCAGAGAACGAUUCACAGAUGCUGAUAGGCAGAUCAUCUUCAAUGAAUAUUGGGGUGCCGGUUCCCAUUUAAAACGUGUCACUUAUGUCACAAGUAUGAUAAAAAAACUGAAAAAAGCAUCUGCCAAAGAAAAGAAAUUAACUGGGAACAACAAAAAUCGUCAAUAUUCCCUAAAAUAUUUUUUAAGAUUGAACGGAAUUGAAAAUCAAAUUUGCAAAGUCUGCUUUCGGAAAACUUUGGGAGAAACGAAUAAGUUUUUGGAGUUAUCCAGUCUAAAAUUAAACACAAAUCAUAGUGGGAUAUACGAAAGCGAUCGCCGAGGCAGACAGCCACCAAAAAAUAAAUACAUGGAAGCCGACAUAAAAAACGUCACAUCUUUUUUUUUUAAAAUUCCACUCUACCGCAGCAAUUAUAGUAGACGAGAUAGCAAUAAAAAAUAUCUGCCACCGCACUACACACUUGCUAUGGUAUACAGUCAAUACUUAAGUGAACCUGAUCAUGUUGUUAUUAGCCGUACAAAGUUCGAAGAGAUUUUCCACACGUUGAAUAUCGGAAUUAAGAAACCAAGCAAAGACACUUGUGGGAAAUGCGACUGUCUGAGAAUGAAGAUAACGUUGACUAGUAACGUUGAAGAAAAGUUGAAGUAUCAGCACGAAUUAGACACCCAUCAGAAACAAGCUGACGACUAUUAUAAAUUGAAGGCAGAAGAUAAACGAUUAUCAAAAAUUGAUCCAACGACAAAAACAGUCACGUUUGAUUUACAACAAUGCCUGCCAACUCCAAAGGUUUCUACAGGCAUUUCUUUCUACUUAAGACAGCUAUGGACCUUUAACCUAACUGUCCAUGACUGUGACAAUGAUCAGGCUUAUUGUUUCAUGUGGCAUGAAGCUAUAGCGGGCAGGAGCGCUAACCAAGUCGGAUCAGUUUUUAAAUAG